UUUGUGGUUUUGAUUGAUGUCUGUGGUUGGUUGUCGCGCUUGUCGUUUUGUCGUGCGGAUGUAUGAUAAAAAUUUAGAUACAUAAUUUUUGUGUUGUUAAACUUAAUAACUAAAGAAAAAAUAAUUAGGAGUCAAGCCUUCUAUAAAAAAUUAAAACAUCUUGAAACACAUAAUCCAUGCAAUUUGUUUUGACACAUGAGUAUGUGAAUGCGGCAGCAUCUCGAAAUCGAAGUGGUCAAUUAGCUAUGUCUACGUGCCAGUCUCCCGAGUGAGACGAGUGAAAGUGCAACAAAGUACACCUGUGAACAUGUCGAAGUUCUUGUGAAAUGAGUGACGAGUGCUAAGGCCAUCGAAUGGAAAACGUAAACUUUCAGGCGUGUGGGGACGAGAUCGAACGGGCCUUGAUGGACCUGGGCCCCCUGCUCGGCGUCUCCAUCAAAGAGGAGGUCCCGGAAGAAAUUACAGACGGCAGCGCGCCGCCUGCAGCCUCGCUCAAUGUGAGUAGCACACCUGAUGGCGGCGCCCCCAGCUGCCCCGACGCGGCAGACGGCGGCGACGCGGGCGCGCUGGGCGAGGCGGCCGAGACCGGCAAAGCCGGGGCGGCGGACUCGCUGGCGUCGCCCAGCGCGUCGCGCGCGCCGCCCGCCGACACGCGCUGCGUGCUGUGCCACACGGUGCUCACUCUCGCGGAAGGCACGCCCAAGCUCAUGGAGUGCCUGCACUCUGCCUGUGAACCAUGUAUCAGAGCCAAGCUAGAAGAGAAGCAAGCCAGUUCCAGAGAUUUCUUAGGAGCCGAGCGUGUGACCAUUACGUGUCCCGCGUGUCGCCUGCAAUGUCAGGUGGCGAACAUGAUCGACCAACGUUUCGUACUUGAGAAAAUGGCACUGGAGCAAGCCGGCUCUAAUGGCGCGGGCGGCGAGCAGCAGUGCAACAGCUGCGAGGACACGGAGCCCGCCACCAGCUACUGCGUGGACUGCGCCGAGUUCAUCUGCGACAACUGCGUGCACGCGCACCAGAGGCUGAAGAUCACCAAGGAGCACACCAUCAAGUCGCGGGACGAGGCGCUGGCCGAGCUGCAGGCGGCGCAGGGCGGCGCGCGCAGCGACCACGACAUGUUCUGCAGCGAGCACGUGCAGGAGCGGCUGACGCUGUUCUGCGAGACGUGCGACCGGCUGACGUGCCGCGACUGCCAGCUGCAGCACCACCGCGACCACAAGUACCAGUUCAGCACGGAGAUGGCGGCGCAGGCACGUGCGCAGAUCUCGGCGCUGCUGUCGGAGGUGAGCUACAAGCGCGUGCUGCUGGGCUCCGCCAUGAAGGUCAUCCGCGACCGCCAGCAGCUCAUCGCCGACAAGAAGAAGGCGCUCGUGCACGAGAUCACGCAGACCGUCGUCAAGCUGACCAACGCCAUCAACACGCGCGGCAAGCAGCUGGUGCUGCGGCUGAACGAGGUGUGCGACGGCAAGCAGCGCACGCUGAGCGAGAAGAAGGACGCGCUGGAGCAGCUGGCCGCCAUCACCGACCACUGCGUGGCCUUCGUGGGCCACACCGUCGCCGCCGGCUCCGACACCGCCGUGCUGCACGCCAAGCGCGCCGUCACCGCGCACCUGCAGCGCAUCAAGAGCCGGCGCGCCGACAUCCCCAACCCCGAGAUCCCCGUGCGCAUCGCGCUGGCGCUGGACAAGCUGCCCGAGCUGUGCAAGGUGCUGGGCUCGCUGGGCGCCAUCGUCGUCGACGGCAAGCUGGACGGCGCGCCCGCCACGCCGCCCGCCGCGCCCCCGCCCGCGCCCCCCGCGCACGGGCCCUACCACCCGCCCGCGCCCGCCGCGCCCCCCGCGCCCCCGCACUCCGCCGUGGUGGCGCUGCAACACGUGGCCAUGCACCAGACUUUGGCUCGCUACCAGUCGUACGUGCAGGGCGGCGGCGCGGGCCCCGGCGGCGCAGGCCCGGGCGUGGGCCCCGGCGCGGGCCCCGGCGGCGGGUUCCUGCCGCUGCAGCAGCACGGGCUGCGCGCGCGCAGCACGCCGCUGCGCCACCCGCACGUCACCUCCACCACGCACCCCCACCAUCUGCACGGCAUGAACGAGAUGAACCUGCGCGGCCUGCUCAACGCGCAGACCGGGCGCAGCGCGCGCCAGCCGCAGCACGCCAUGCUGCAGCACGCGCCGCACGCACAGCAUGCACAGCACGCACAGCACGGACAACACCCCGCGCAUGCGCAGUUCGCCAUGCACACCUACCAGCAGAUCAUGGGCGCGUACUCUGUGGCGGGCUACGGAGCGGGAGCGGGCGCGGGGCCGGGGGUGGGGCCCGGCGUGGGGCCCGGCGCGGGCCGGCGUAGUGGUGGGCCGCGCACCCCGUCCCCCGCGCCCGCGCCCCCCGCGUACCCCGCGGCGGCGCCCAAGUGGCACAUCCCGCAGGAGGGCGCGGCGGACUACAAGAUCACGCUGGGCCGCGCGCGGGCCCCGGCCGCCGCCGUCACGUCCACCAACCCCAAGACGCCCAGCCCCAGCCUCAACGGCGGCGAGCUGGACAAGGUGUGCGCCGCGUCCGUGCAGGACCUCAUGGCCACCAUCGCCAAGCUGGACUCCAACGGGGUGCAGGUGGUGGCCGAGGCGGGCGAGCCCGCGCCCUCGCCCGCGCCCCACGUGCACUCCUCCACGGACGAGCCCAAGCCGGCGCCCGGCGACCCCAACGAGGACUGGUGCGCCGUCUGCAUGGACGGCGGCGAGCUCAUGUGCUGCGACAAGUGCCCCAAGGUGUUCCACCAGUACUGCCACAUCCCCACCAUCGACAAGCUGCCCGACGAGACGGAGACGUGGCAGUGCCUGCUGUGCGUGAACUUCGCGGAGCUGGCGCCGGGCGAGGCGGAGCGCGAGCGGCGCCUCAUGGAGCGGCUCACGCUGGAGCUGUACUGCCAGUACGAGCCCAGCCUGGCGCUGCGCGAGCCGCACGGGCCCGCGCCCACCUGCCUGGACGCCAUCCGCGGCCGCCUGCAGCCGCGCCACCCGCAGCGCUACACGCAGCUAGCGCACUACGUGGCCGACGUGCGCCUGCUGUUCCGGAACGUCUACCGGUACAACUCGGCCGACAGCAGCAUCUACAAGGACGCCAAGCGGCUGGAGGAGUUCUUCGACGCGCAGCUGCUGAAGUGGCUGCCGGAGUACGCGUACUGGGGGGGGGACGGCGAGCCCCCCAGCAAGCGCCCGCGCCCCGACCUCGCGCUGCCCGCGCCGCACUAGUGCGCGGCGCCUUCUAUUGUGAAAGUUCCUUUUGAUUAGAGUUGUUACCGCCGACGUGCGCGUUACGUUAUGUUUACUGCAUUGCCUCGCCGUUCUCUGUUCCGAGGCGACCGACUUGACUGAAAUUUAAUGAUAUUAUGUUAUAGCGCAUUGGUGCGACUCUUAUUUUAUUCUAGGUUCAAUAUAAUUGUAUUCAAACUAAACAAAAUUAUAUUUUUUUAAAGGCAGUAAUUAAUACGAUUGCAAGGUCUACGUUCGAAUCCAGAUUGUAGUCGAAGCACCUAGUUGAAUCCACUUAUUAUUGAAGGCAAUAAAGUAAUAUUAUUAUAUUUUAGUUACAUGUUUACUUGUGUGCACCUACUGCCGGUACCGUCAUGUUGCUGCUGCCAUCACAUUGUACAGUCACACGUUACGGUUAUGAAGGUACCAUUCCUUAGGAAACUUUAAUGUUUAUGUUACAAAGGUAUUUUUAUAUAUUAAUACAUAGGUAGCAUAUUGUUAUGUAUUCUAAUUAAUAUGUUACAAUUUAUGACAAAAAGUAGGAUAAGAUUGUGUCAAAGUUGUACUCUCUAAAUAUCAUCUUGGAUUAUUCAAGUAACGUAACGUCAGACGACGCGGCGCGUGCACGUGACGUCACGCGCUACAGGAGCCAAGCAGCAGUGUGCGCGUCGCCACCUGUGACGUCACCGCGCGGGGACUGCCACCGUUUCAUUGUCCCGCAUGUCGCGGCGCGGGUCGCGGGCGGCCGGGACGCGGCAGUGGCGCUCCACAUCUAAUAAAACUCAGUGGCGUAGCGUGAGUGUCGGCCGCCCGGGGCGGAAGACAAUUUUGCCGCCCCCUUAUUUAGGUAUUUUAAUUUAAUGUAUACUACACAUUACAUACAUUCAUAAUAGAGAACUUUUCGGCGAGAACAGUCAUGAAUCAGAGCACUCCCCGUGGUAUAGGCGAUAUAAUGUACAACGAAGUUGCUCUCUACGCAUUGCCAAAGUGUCAAGUCAGUUUUAAAUUUCCUGCCACUCAACAAUCCGAUUCGCACGCCGCUGAACGCGGUCCAGAGGAUGAACCUGGUACUGGGGUGCCCCCGCCCACAGAUGAGACUAGUAUUCCAUAUGGGGCCGAACCUGCGCCUUAUAUAGAAGCAGGCGAUGGGCUGGAGUCAAAUACUGCCUUGAUCUGUUGAGCACACCAAGCUUUUUCGAGGAUAAUUUAGCCUUACCCUCUAGAUGGCCACGGAUAUGGACGUCGCUCGAAAUGUUGAUGCCAAGUAUCCCAAUUCUAAUACCGGGUUAAACACGCAGACCUGUGUCUUAGUAUGGUUAAACUGGAACAAAUUAAGUUCACCCCAAUCUGAGAUUCUCCGCAAAGAAGUCUCGAUUUCAGACACAAGACGUUUUCCCGAGAAAUGUUAGCGCGGCCGGUAUAAUAGGCAUCACCUGUGCUGUCAUCUGCAUAACAGUGAAUGCCGCUGAUAUACAACAUAUCAUUUGAUAUGGAGGAGGAACAAGGUAGGUGAUAGCACGCAGCCUUGAGGGACACCUGCGUUUACAGACAGAAAGUCGGAGCAUACCCCGUCGACAACGACCUUAAUGCUUCUGUCUGCAAGGAAGCAGUAGACCCAUUCGCACAAUUUCUCGGGAAGACCUUAGGAAGAAAGCUUCGAAAGAAGCGCUUUAUGCCAAACCCGGUCGAAGGCUUUCGCCGCGUCCAAGCUAACUACCAACGCUUCCCCCUUAGAUUCGAUCGCCUGUGCCCAACGGUGUGUCAGGUAAACCAGAAGAUCCCCAGCCCAUCGACCUUUACGAAAACCGUAUUGUCGGUCAUUGAGUAGUUGGUGAUCUUCUAGGUACCGCAAGAGCGGGCAGUUAAUAAUGGAUUCCAUUAUUUUCGAGAAGAGGAAGUUAUAGCUAUCGGUCUGUAGUUGGACGGAUUUGUUCUAUCGCCUUUUUAGGGUUCCGUAGCCAAAUGGCAAAAAACGGAACCCUUAUAGAUUCGUCAUGUCUGUCUGUCUGUCCUUCCGUCCGUCCGUCCGUAUGUCACAGCCAUUUAUUUCCGAAACUGUUGGGCCUACAUAGUUGAAACUUUGAAGGUUGAUGUAUUUCGGUAACCGCUAUUCGAAUUUUGAAUAAAAUUGAAUACUUAAAUUUAAAAAUUAAAAGGGGGCACUCCAUACAUGGAACUGAUCCAAAAAAACAUUUUUUUCAGCUAACAUAUCCAUAAUGGGUGUCUAUGGAUAGGUCUUUAAAAAAGACAUUAAGGUUCUUAAAACCUACCUACCUCACGCCUACCCCCAUGGGAGACAGGCGUGAGGUUAUGUAUGUAUGUAUGUUCUUAAAACCAAUUUUCGUCAAAAUUAACCGUUUGAAAGUUAGACGCUUCUAAAGUGGAAAAAUGAGUGUCCCCCCCCCUCUAACUUUUAAAAUAAGAGAAGGAGAAAACAAAAAUAAAUAUAUGCUGUAGAUUUCAAUAGAAACUAACAACGAAAAAUGGUUUGAACCAGAUAUCAUUAUUAGUUUUUAAGAAAUAAAACAUUUUCAAAAACCGCAAAUAUAACUUUGUCGUUCAUACAAACACUAUGUAAAACCAAGUAAUUUUACAACUUUUAUAUUAUGAUGUCAUCUACUUGCUGUUACGGAAUCCUUCAUGGGCGAGUCCGACUCGCACUUGGCCGGUUUUUUUAGGGAUCGGAUGGACCAAGGCCGUCUUCCAUGAUUUCGGGACUACGCCUAAAGAGUAAGCUCAUUUUAUUCGGUCCAAAUUUGUACAGUCGACUCUAUCUAAAGGUUCCCUCUCGGGGUAGGACCACUCGUUAAAGGUUCCAUCCCCACUAUCACUUCUUCGAUCUCUUCUCCGAUCUCUAGUUGCGAAAAAAAUAUAAAAUGGUUGAAAUAUUUACAAAAUAUUUUUAUUAUUUAUUGUUUAAAAUUUGCCGCCCCCUAAAAAGUGCCGCCCGGGGCGGGCCGCCCCUGCCGCCCCCACUACGCUACGCCACUGAUAAAACUUAUCCAACACUUACUACUUUCAUACUUCACUAACGUACCUGAACAUUGCCGUAUUCUAAUUCGACUGCUCAUCUCUUCUGAUCCUAAAUUGGCGAUACAUGUACAUAUUACUACUUUAAUGUUUUACUUACAUUUUUUAACAUCUUGAUAAUUAUAUUUCGUACAAGUCUACAAGUGCCAACUGUUGAGCAAAUACCUCUUUCCACGCGGUAUACGGUUUAAGUCCAUAGCUACCGAGUUUGAUUAAAAUUAGUUUAUCAAUAUUAUGAAGGAAUAAAAAAUAUAUUUACACUAACCACUACGACCUUAAGAAAUGCAUGUUUGUGCCCAUCAGGGGGAGGGAGAAGAGGUCUUUUUAUUAGAUGUGGAACGUCGCCGACAUGUAAUAUACCUACUCAUUAUAUUUUAAACCUUUUGUCCGCCAGUGUCAUGUAGAUGACAAACCAAAUAGUGCCACCGUCGCUACUACAUGACACACGUUUAAACGUAAAUAAAGCUUUCUUUUUUGUUUCGUUUACUGAUGAUGUUUGUUAAUUAUAUUAACUGAUCAUAUUUCGUCUUUACAUAAAUGAUGAUAAAAAUACAAAAAACUUUGCAUUUGGAAAUGGCGGCCAAAAGGUAGCAGUUGAUACUUUGCAUCAAAGUAACAAUUUCAUUAACUGGUUUAUUUUCAGCUGGGACGAUGAAACAUUCUUCGUUCGCACUUCCGCUUGUUUCGUAUAUUCAGUACAAUCCCGUGGCGACGCCUGAACGAAACACGGGAAUGUGCUUACUGUUAUUGUAAAAUGUAGUUAGUACACGCUACACGGCCAGAGGGACUGAGCGCCCUCUUAUAUUUAUAAUCUCCUGAUAAUAAGUAUUAUUGUACUAGAAAUAAAACACAUUUAUUGGAA